ACACCAUGCCAUGGAUUCAGUUUGGAUACAGAACAUCCCAUCACCUUCCAAGAAACAGCAAAGGGCUUUGGGCAGAGUGUUGUGCAGUUUGGAAGUGGAGCAAAUGCUGGGUCUGUGGGCCCACAGUACAUCAGACCUGUGGGGAAAACAUAUACCUCAAAGGCUAUUGCUUUCUCCUUGACCAGAAUUUGAUGGAGACAAAGCGUUUUCCUCAAAGUUUGCCAGAUUGUCCAAAACGGCUCACUGACAUAGUAUUUCUGAUAGACGGUUCAGGAAGCAUUAACGAGAGAGAGUUCUCACAGAUGAAGACAUUUGUAUCUAAGGUCAUGAAGCGUUUCCAAAAUACCAACACCCAGUUUGCCUUGUCCCAGUACGCACGCCGUUAUCGGGAACAUUUUGACUUCCUUGAGUUUCAGAGAAUUGGAGAUCCUGAUGAAUUGCUUAGACAAGUCCAGCAGCUGCGAGGGGCAACUCUCACAGCUACAUAUAUCCAGAAAGUAGUGCGUGAGCUCUUUGUCCCAGAAAAAGGAUCCCGACAUGAUGCCUCUAAGGUUCUCAUUGUGAUAACUGAUGGAGAGAAAACAGGGGAUGCCUUGGAGUACAGCGAUGUUAUACCGCAGGCUGAGAAAGCUGGCAUCAUCCGCUUUGCCAUUGGGGUGGGAGAAGUUUUCUCAAAAGGCAGAGCCAAUCAGGAGCUUAUCAGCAUUGCCUCUUCACCACCAUCUGACCAUGUUUUCCCAGUGGACAACUUUGAUGCGCUCAAGGACAUCCAGAACAAACUCCAGGAUAAAAUUUUUGCCAUUGAAGGUACACAAUCAAAAACUGGCAGCUCCUUCCAGUUAGAGAUGUCCCAGGAGGGAUUCAGUGCCUUGUUGACCCCGGAUGGUCCAGCAUUGGGGGCAGUAGGAGCCUAUGACUGGUCUGGAGGAACCUUUCUAUAUGGGAGUCGUGGCGAUUCAAGCUUUAUCAAUGUGUCAAGCCUCACUAAGGAUAUGAAUGAUGCCUAUCUUGGUUACUCAAUGCAGAUAGUUCAACUGAAUGGACAAAAUAGUUACGUGUUGGGAGCUCCUCGAUAUCAACAUGCUGGCAGGGUUAUCUGGUUCACCCAAAAUAAUGGGCAAUGGGAGGCAAAAUCAGAGCUGUCCACAGAAAAGCCCAUCCAGAUUGGCUCAUACUUUGGGGCAGCGCUUUGCUCUGUGGACCUUGAUAGAGAUACCAACACGGACCUGAUUCUUAUUGGUGCUCCUCUGUACUAUGACUCUGUGACCGGAGGGAGGGUCUACAUCUGUGAGAGGAAGGAGGACUCAUUUUUCUGCAGCAAAGAAUUGCAUGGAGAAACCAAACACCCCUUUGGCCGCUUUGGGGCCAGUAUAGUGGAAAUAGGUGAAAUAACUGGGGACCGAUGGACGGACGUAGCAGUUGGAGCUCCAAUGGAAGAUGAGAAUCAAGGAGCAGUGUACCUAUUUCGAGGAAAGAGCAGAUCCAUAAACCAAGCGUAUAGCCAGCGUAUCCAAGGCUCUAGACUGACUAAUAGGCUUCAUUACUUUGGCCAAGCAAUUGAUGGUGGAUCAGACCUUACAGGAGAUGGACUCCCAGAUGUAGCAGUUGGAGCUGAAGGGCAAGUGCUGUUGUUGAGGUCUCGGCCUGUGCUCCAAGUAGCUUCCAGGAUCACUUUUACUCCAUCUACAAUCCCCAUUUCUGCCUUUGAGUGCCAGGACCAGGAAGUGCUGAACAAGGAGAUCAGCAAGGCAAUGGUUUGCCUCAACAUCCAGUCGGACUCUCGGUUUAAAUUUGGCAACAGCAUUUCAAGCACCAUUCGGUACACUUUGUCUUUGGAUUAUGGUCGGACUAUGAUUCGGGCUAUUUUUAAUGGUGGUUCAGGUACCUCCACCAUCACUGAAGAGAUGCAAGUCGGCUUGACAAAGAACUGCAAGGAGUAUCGCAUAAAGUUGCCGACCUGCAUAGAAGACAGCCUCACUCCUAUAAGCCUCCGGUUGAAUUAUACCCUGACAGGAGAUCCCAUUCGUGGUUCUGACAACCUGCGAGCCAUCCUUGGUGAAGAUGAGCCUCAUCAGUUUACAGCAUCACUGCCGUUUGAAAAGAAUUGUGGCAGAGAUGGUGUCUGUAAAGAUGCAUUAAAAACUUCCUUCAAUUUCUCUGGCUUGGACACAUUGGUGGUAGGCCUGACACCUGAGGUCAAUGCCACAGUCUUCAUCCGAAAUGAUGGAGAAGAUUCCUAUAGCACCACUCUAACCUUCUUAUACCCUUCUGCAUUGUCCUAUCGCAGGUUCACACUAUUGCAGUCCAACAGAAAGUUUGUGGUCAUUAAAUGUGCCUCUGUCCCAGCUGCAGAAGAGGACCCUGUCAGGAACACAACCUGUGACAUCAAUCACCCCAUCUUCCGAAGUGGGGCUCAGGUUAUCUUCAUUGCCACAUUUUCAGUAUCCCAGGAUGCAGCUCUGGGGAAUGAGGUACAAAUCAAUGCUACAGCUGGCAGUGAAAACAAUGGCCCGAUCACCCAGGACAUGGUUCACCAAGAAAAGUUGACUGUCAAAUAUGCUGUAUAUAUCUUUGUAAACACUUUGGAUGAGUCAACAAAGUAUGUCAAUUUUUCUGCUGGACAGGAAGAUCGAAGUCAGAUUGUGGAACAUCUGUACGAGGUGAAGAAUACAUACCAACAAAAGGUUCCUGUUUCAGUGCUGUUUCAAUUUCCUGUGGAACUGAAUGGGAUAUGGGUUUGGAAUGCAUCCCUAGACAUUGCUGCUGAGUUGUUCCACCUGGCUCAUUGUGUCCCAGAAAAAGAGACUCCAGGAUCCAAGGAUUUUGUGAAACAACUAAAGGAACGUCCCAUUCUGGACUGCACUGUGGCCACCUGUAAAACAGUCCGCUGUGACAUCCCAUCCCUGAAACCCAAGCAAACACUGGAGUUCAGAAUCAAGGGGGACACUGGCUUCAAGUGGCUCUCUGAGACGCAACAGAAGAAAGUGACCUUGAUGAGCUCAGCACAGAUUUCCUAUGAUGAGAAAAAAUAUUUCCAAAAAGAGGGCUUUGUACAGAGCCAGGCAAAGACUGUGGUGGAGCAUUUGGUGGCCUACAACUACCUGCCCAUCAUUAUUGGUAGCAGUAUCGGGGGAAUUGUUCUCCUUGCUCUGAUUGUUGCUGCUCUCUACAAGCUUGGUUUCUUCAAGCGACAGUAUAAAGAGAUGAUGGAUGAGGCAGGAGAUGUGGGCAAUGAGGCUGGACCUUCACAAGACAGCAUUAGCCCUACCCCUGCUGCUACUAAAGGAUAACCAAAUUCCCUGAGGCAUGUUUUCUCUAGGGACACUGUACUGAACUACAAAAGACUAAUCCAGGGUGGAGCUGAGAUUUGCUUUAUACAUUUCCUUUUCCAUACCUGGAAGGAGCUUUGACAGUAAGAAAUGACAUCCUACAAAACACACAAGUUCGGUUGUGAUUAUUGCCUACAUGCUGAGAAGUUACAUCCAAAUUGCAUUCUCCCGGUGUGUGUGCACACGUUGACCUACACACAUGUAGAACUGUCACACAAUCGAAAGACAAUUUCUUACACAGAAGGGCUUUCUUUGCAGAAAAGUGAUACAUCUACCAUGAUUAUUAGAACAAGGAAGCCUGGAUUCUGAUCCCUUCACUUCUUGUAAGCUGGAAGGUUAGUCAGACAUUGAAAAGAAUCUUGCUGUGAGGAAAAGAUGUUUGUAUCCAGCAUCCAGAACAGAUGAGUAUAUGUUUGUAUUCUGUAUAUAUGUUGAUUGCACCCACGGGGAAUCUAAUGUUAAUACAAAUUUUUAAUUUUGUUUUGAAGUUUCACAUCCUUAUAAUGUAGUAAAGGAACAAUACUGGCCAACAGUAUGCCACGUGGUGUCCUACAAUAUGAUUCCUAUAAAUCCUAGUCAGCAUGGGGAUUAUGGAAGAUGUAGUACAUAACCUUUGAUGAUAUUUGGGUUGCCUCCUCCUGACAUUUUAAACUAGUUUUUCACACACAUCCUUUUCUCUCCUUUAAGGUAGUUACUCUCAAAUCACUCCCUAGUAGUCACAUCGCCAGUCUCCAAUUUUUGCACUUCUUGCAAAGAAAAACUUUUGUGAAUCAUGGAAGCAGGAUUUGGAAAUGUUCUUAAUUUCCCUAAAUCAGUUCUGGCUGUGGGAUAUAAGAUUUCAGACAAAAACAUUGGGGUGAGAUUUGGGAAUUCUGUUACCUGUGGACUAGAGAUGGCUUACAAGUCUCUUUUUCCUUCAGCCUAAUUGACUGCAAACAGGUUGUUCCUGAAUAUGACUGAUAGCCUGUGGGUUUGUCACAACUAGAAUAGAUCCAUUCAAUCAGUUGUUGAGUGGUUGGUCAAAAAAUACAUGAAUUUAAUGUAUUCAGUGGGUCUGUGCUAGUCAGGACUAAAAGAGAAUUUAGGCCUAUUUCUCUCUGAUGUUUACUUCUUACAGUUAUGUUGUAAAUGUGCAAUUACGUGCAAAUGUGCAAUUACAGUUCAAGGGUUUUUUAAAUUGUGUGGCACAGGUUUCAGUACCUGCAUUAAAACAUUAUGACCUUAGCAAUGAUAAACGUAGGAAAUAUGGCUGUACAAACAGGAUAUGGAAGGCUUUUUUAAUGUUACUUUGAGGAAUUCCUUCUGGAGGUUUUUUACAUACCUAAGCUAACUGGUCAUAUUCUAUACUGUAUCAAUUAAUCCCCAGAUACCUUUGAAUUGAUUUUAUGUCACUGAGAAUUCAUUUAAAGGGUAACACUUCUUUGUUUCCCCAAAGCAUCUCCAGUAUAAUACAAUUUGAAAUAUGAAGAAAGUACUUCAUCCAUUAAAAAUUAUUUUUAUUGUCUCCCAAGUAGGGAAGGCUGUCUGAAUUGUGGUUUUACCAAGGCUUGUGCAUUUAUAUCUUCCCACCCAGAGAGAGAGAAAGAGAGAGAACAGCAGUGCUCUAGUGGUGGCCACCUUCAUCUUCAUAACCUGUGGGCAGUGGAUUGGUGUGUGGGUUAUGGAAGAAGGUGUGAUUUCCAUCACCCCAAGGGAAAGGCUGAAGAAAGGAGAAGAAAAGAAAAGAGAACAAGAGAGUACAUGAAAUUAGAAACAGGUUAGGCUAUCAGCUUGAACCUCCCUUUCCAGGCACUGUUUGUUUUUAUUUUAAAAUUCCAUGCCUCUUAUUACUUGCUUUUGAGGUGGCUUAACAAUAAUGGCAAUAUUCUUUAAAACCCAUCUAAGAUAGCAAGAUGUAGAACAAUAGAGAAUAAAAUCAAACUUAAUAACUCUCCAAAAACAAAACAAC